GGCUUGGCACACUACCAGCACCAAUCAGCGACGAUGUAACAGAUGUCUUCGUCGAGAUGAAUAAUCGCGCCACUUUCGAAGGCGAGGGAAAUGUUUUGACGUCGUCGAAAACGUAAGGCAAUUUCUUGCUCCAGAGAGAGCGAUUCGUCACCAAUUUUCGUAGAAAGAAAAAAAAGUACGCGUACAGGGUCCAGAAGCAGCCAUGGAUUCAAAGCGAAAGCCCCCGAUGUCCACCGGUCCGAGUGCCAAAAGAGCACGGAAUGACUUUGAAGAUGAUCCGUCCACAUUCGAGGAAGAGUUAGCCCUCCUGGAGAAAGUAGAAGCCGAGAUGUCGCAGGCCUCAUCUGUUGGAUCGCAACAGUCAACACCACCGGGAAGUCGAGGGGGAAGUAUUCCUGCUUCAUCAAAGCUGGCUCCUUACUGGAACCCCAAGUGGAUUCGACCGUCAUUGCCGCCUCCAGAUCCUAGCAAAGAUGCCAUAGUCUUCCAACAGAUUGAUCUAGAACACUACAUAGGCAGUCCCAUCAGGGGAAUGCCAGGAUCCACCGUGGGCCCCGUCCCUAUCAUCCGCAUGUUCGGCAUCACCAUGGAGGGCCAAAGCGUCAUGUGUCACAUCCACGGCUUCACGCCGUAUUUCUACGUUCCCGCACCGGAGAACUUCCGUCCGGAGCACUGCCGGCACUUCAAGGACGCCCUCAACCACAUGGUGAUCAACGACAUGCGGUCCAACAAGGAUAACAUCUCGCAGGCUGUGCUGGCCGUGGAACUUGUCACCAAAGAGAGUAUCUAUGGUUAUCACGGCCCAAACGGGAUGCGACCUUUCUUGAAGAUCACUGUGGCAUACCCUAAGCUCAUAGCGCCAUCCAAACGACUGCUGGAGUCUGGAUUUGCCGUACCCAACCUGUACCCAGUCAGGGGUUAUCAAACCUUUGAGAGCAAUAUUGACUUUGAAAUCAGAUUCAUGGUUGACACGGACGUCCUGGGCUGCAAUUGGAUGGAAAUACCCGCCGACCAGUAUCGUCUCCGGUCCAGUUCGUCCAUCCCGGCACCAGUUUCUCAGUGUCAGAUCGAGCUAGACGUGGCUUACGAUCGUUUCGUCAGCCACCCAGCUGACGGAGAGUGGCAAAAAGUGGCUCCCUUCCGCAUCUUGAGCUUUGACAUCGAGUGUGCUGGUAGACGAGGUGUUUUCCCGGAAGCUAACAAAGAUUCGGUGAUUCAGAUCUCCAAUAUGGUGAUCCGACAAGGGGAGAGGGAUCCCUUCAUUCGUAACGUCUUCACUCUUAACACCUGUGCACCCAUCGUUGGGUCUCAAGUCCUGUCAUUCAGCAAUGAAGCUGAUAUGCUUAAGGCGUGGUCGGAGUUUGUCAACGUGGUCGACCCCGACAUUUUGACUGGUUACAACAUCGUGAACUUUGACAUUCCGUACCUGAUCAACCGUGCUGCUGCCCUCAAGGUCAGUACUUUCCCACUCCUGGCGCGUAUCAAGGAUUCUCGCAGCGUCAUCAAGGAGUCGACCUUUCAGUCCAAGCAGAUGGGCAAACGGGAGAACAAAGUCAUCAACAUUGAAGGGAGAGUACAGUUUGAUCUUCUUCAGAUCCUUCAGCGCGACUACAAGCUGCGUUCCUAUCGGCUCAACGCCGUCAGUUACCACUUCCUACAGGAGCAGAAAGAAGACGUACAGCAUUCUAUCAUCACGGACCUCCAGAACGGUAAUGACCAGACAAGACGUCGCUUGGCAGUCUACUGCCUCAAAGACGCCAUGCUGCCCUUGCGACUUCUCGACAAACUCAUGUGCAUCAUCAACUACAUGGAGAUGGCCAGGGUUACCGGCGUACCCUUGCCGUAUCUGCUCACAAGAGGGCAGCAGAUUAAAGUGGUAUCGCAGCUCUUACGAAAGGCCAAGGAGCAGGAUCUCGUCAUGCCGGCUCAUAAAGUAGAAGCUGGAGAAGAUUACACUGGAGGUUAUGUCAUUGAUCCAACCAGAGGAUACUACAAGAUUCCGAUAGCUACUCUUGAUUUCUCAUCUCUGUAUCCCUCCAUCAUGCAAGCUCACAAUCUCUGCUAUACAUCGCUGCUCUCACCUAGCCAGAGAGAGAAGAUGUCAGCUGAUGAGUUCAUCAAGACACCAUCAGGAAACUACUUCGUUAAGAGCUCCAUUCGCAAAGGCAUACUCCCAGAAAUCUUGGGAGAUCUUCUCAGUGCGAGGAAGAGAGCCAAAGCUGAUUUGAAGAAAGAGACGGAUCCCUUGCGGAAGAAGGUCUUGGACGGUCGACAGUUGGCUCUCAAAAUCAGCGCCAAUUCAGUGUAUGGUUUCACUGGGGCGCAGGUGGGCAAAUUGCCUUGCCUUGAAAUCUCACAAAGUGUUACAGCCUUUGGUCGCCAGAUGAUUGAAACGACACGGCAGCUUGUGCAAGAUAAUUACACCAUCGAGAAAGGCUACAAACACAAUGCAGAGGUAAUAUACGGCGACACAGAUUCCGUCAUGGUAAAGUUUGGAGUGGAUACUGUCGCAGAGAGCAUGGAGUUAGGCAAAGAGGCCGCACAGAUGAUCUCUGAUACCUUCCCUCAUCCAAUCAAACUGGAGUUUGAAAAGGUGUACUAUCCCUACCUGCUGAUCAACAAGAAGCGAUACGCGGGUCUCUUCUAUUCCAGACCGGACACAUACGACAAGAUGGACUGCAAGGGAAUUGAGACGGUCCGACGUGACAACUGCCCUCUAGUGGCCAACAUGAUCAACUCGUGCCUGCAGAAAAUCCUCAUCGGCAGAGACCCGGAGGGUGCGGUUGACCACGCCAAGCAGACCAUCUCGGACCUCCUCUGCAACCGGAUCGACAUCUCACAACUUGUGAUCACAAAAGAGCUGACCAAGACCGGGGAAGAAUAUGCUGGGAAACAGGCCCACGUGGAGCUAGCUGCAAGAAUGCGAAAGCGUGAUCCAGGCAGUGCCCCAGCCCUGGGUGACAGAGUGCCUUAUGUUAUCAUAGCGGGAGUCAAGGGAGCGGCCGCGUUUGAAAAGUCUGAGGAUCCCAUCUACGUGUUGGAAAACAACAUCCCCAUAGACACACGCUAUUACCUUGACAACCAGCUGAAGAUGCCACUACUUAGGAUUUUUGAACCUGUGAUCGGCGAACACAAAGCACAAGCUGUUCUCUUUAAGGGUGAACACACUUUGACCAAAACUAAAGUUACUUCCAAGAUCGGCGGUCUGAUGGCCUUUGCGAAGAAGCGAAGUACUUGCAUUGGAUGUAAAACUCCACUGGAUAAGGACAACUCUGCUGUCUGCAAACACUGCAAGAAUAUAGAGACAGAAAUUUAUCAGAAAGAGGUUAUCCACUUGAAUGCCUUGGAGGAGAAGUUUGGUCGAUUGUGGACGCAGUGCCAACGGUGUCAGGGAAGUCUGCACGAAGACAUCUUGUGCACAAGCCGUGAUUGUCCCAUCUUCUACAUGAGGAAGAAAGUUCAGAAGGACCUCGCCGACCAAGACGCAAUCAUCAAACGAUUUGGCGUUCCAGUCUGGUGAAGCUUUGGAAAUCCAAGGUGAGCCUGGAAAUGAAAACAACAAAAACAAACAACAAACAAACAACCCCCCAAAAUAACAUAAACAACAGUAGAUGAUCUUGCCAUCAUUUUGUCAUCUCCUUUUGAGUUGAAAGUCACCAGCGCUCUUUGUGAGUUUACAGGGCAUUAAAAAGUUGCUGUCGUUAAGUUGAUUAAAAAGUCAGCUGUGGAAGUUAGAGUGGACCAUUUGCAGAUAUCCUAAAAGUAACCGUCCAAAUUAUUGUGAAAAUACUUACUUGGUUUAAAGAUAGUAAUGACGCAAAACUCCCUGUU